AUGGGGACGACCGCCCCCGGGCCCGUCCACCUGCUGGAGCUGUGUGGCCAGAAGCUCCUGGAGUUCGUGUGCAACGUGGACAACAAGCACUUGGUGUGGCUCGAGGAGAUCGAGGAGGAGGCCAUGCGCAUGUUCACCAGAGAAUUCAGCAAAGAGCCUGAGCUGAUGCCCAAAACGCCUUCUCAGAAGAACCGACGGAAAAAGAAACGGAUUUCAUACGUUCAGGAUGAAAACAGAGACCCCGUCCGGAAAAGGUUGUCCCGCAGGAAGUCUGCGAGCAGCGGGGACAAGGGGGAGCGGCUGGCCACGGCGGCCGGGGAGAACGGCGCCGUCGUGCGGCGGGUGACUCGGGCGGCAGCGGCAGCUGCGGCGGCGGCCAUCGUGGCUUCUGCUUCGCCCACCCACGGGUCUCCCACCCUGCUGACCAGGACGUCCAAGAUCGUGCCCAGGGUGGAGAUAGGCGCCGGCGAGCGCCACAAAGCGGAGCAGCACGUCAGCCAGCUCGUUUCUGGCCGGGCUCCGUCCCCAGCCCCGGCCUCCCACAGCAGCCCGAUCUCAGAUGAGGAAUCGACACCCCAGAAGUCAGAGGCCGGGAGGCUGGAGUCAGUUGCCGUGAGCUCUCUGAUGGCUACACCCCAGGACCCCAAGGGCCGAGGGGUCAACGCGGGCCGGUCUGCCUCCAAGCUCAGGAUUGCACGGACCUCGCCAGCCUCCCCGUGGCAGGAGCGGGUGCUGGCACCCAUCCUGCCAGAUAACGUGUCCAGCCCCAAGGACACCCGCGUGAACCGGCGGUCAGUGCGGCGCAGCCUCAUCGCCCCGUCCUCCCCGGGCCCCCAGAACUCUCUGGCCCAGAAGUACUGCCUGGUGGACAAGCCAAGGAGCCCCGUCCGCAGGUCAAACAGACUCGUCCAGAAUGCCACCCAAGAGCCGGCCGCCUCUGCCCGCAUCAUCUGUCACAGUUACCUGGAGAGACUCUUAAAUGUUGAGGUGCCCCAAAAAAUCAGCCCCAAGGAGGACCCCAGCAAGGAGGCGGAGCCGGAGCCGGAGCUGGAGGCUGAGCCCGAGGUCCCCAAGAUUGUCACUAGCACGCCCGGCUCGCCGCCUGUGGCUGGUGGACAGGACACGCCCCCCGAGGCCACGGCCCACCGGACAGCGGGCCCCGGGGAGCCGCCGCAGAGCGCCAGGAGGAAGCGCAGCUACAAGCAGGCUGUGAGUGAGCUGGACGAGGAGCAGCAGCUGGACGAGGAGGAGCUGCAGCCCCCCCGGAGCAAGACCCCUUCCCCGCCCUGUCCGGCCAGCAAGGCGGUGCGGCCUCUCCGGACCUUCCUGCACACCGUGCAGCGGAACCAGAUGCUCAUGACCCCUGCCUCCGCCUCCCGCGGCAGCGUCAUGAAGUCCUUCAUUAAGCGCAACACCCCCCUGCGCGUGGACGCCAAGGAGAAGGAGCGGCAGCGCCUGGAGCAGCUGCGGCGGAAGGAGGAGGCCGAGCAGAUCCGCCGGCAGAAGGUGGAGGAGGCCAAGCGGCAGCGGCUGGAGGAGGUGAAGCUGAAGCGGGAGGAGCGCCUGCGCAAGGUGCUGCAGGCCCGGGAGCGGGUGGAGCUGAUGAAGGAGGAGAAGAAGAAGCAGAUUGAGCAGAAGUUUGCUCAGCUGGAUGAGAAGACCGAGAAGGCCAAGGAGGAGCGAUUGGCGGAGGAGAAGGCCAAGAAGAAGGCAGCAGCCAAGAAGAUGGAGGAGAUGGAGGCGCGCAGGAAGCAGGAGGAGGAGGCGCGGAGGCUCCGGAGGCUGCAGCAGGAGGAGGAGGAAGAGCGGCGACACCAAGAGCUGCUGCAGAAGAAGAAGAAGGAGGAGGAGGAGCAGGAGCAGGAGCGGCUGCGCAAGGCGGCCGAGGCCAAGAGGCUGGCGGAGCGGCGGGAGCAGGAGCGGCGGGAGCAGGAGCGGCGGGAGCAGGAGCGGCGGGAGCAGGAGCGGCUCCAGGCCGAGAGGGAGCAGCAGGAGAGGGAGAAGGCCCUGCGGCUGCAGAGGGAGCGGCUGCAGAAGGAGCUGGAGGAGAAGAAGAAAAAGGAGGAGCAGCAGCGUCUGCAGGAGGAGCAGGAGAAGAAAGCCAGGGAGGUGGCCGCAGCCAGCAAGAGCCUCAACACGACCGUGGACGUGCAGUCUCCAGCCUGCACCUCCUAUCAGAUGACUCCACAGGGGCACAGGGCUCCCCCCAAGAUCAACCCGGACAACUACGGGAUGGACCUCAACAGCGACGACUCCACCGAUGACGAGUCGCAUCCCCGGAAGCCCAUCCCCUGCUGGGCCCGAGGCGCCCAGCUCAGCCAGGCCAUCCUGCACCAGUACCACCAGCCCCCGAACCUGCUGGAGCUCUUCGGCACCAUCCGCCAGCUGGACCUGGAGGACAUCUUCAGGAAGAGCAAGCCGCGCUACCACAAGCGCACCAGCUCCGCCGUCUGGAACUCGCCGCCCCUGCAGGGCCCCCGCGUCCCCAGCGGCCUGACCUACAGCCUGAAGAAGUUCUGA